CUCUAGGGAGCAGUAUAGCGCUCACUACACUGUUUCUGUCCGCCAUUGAAGAACACUGCGCAUGUCCAUUGUGUGAUCAAGAGGAAAAAGAAAAUGUCGUUAACGAGCUUUUUACCGGCACCCACUCAGCUGUCACAAGAUGAGCUGGAAGCAGAGGAGAGACUUCGGGCCCAGAAGUCCUACUCCACUGCCCUGGUCUCUUCCACCAGAGAGCCCCCUUUCUACGGACAAAGGAAAGGCUGGGUGCCUCGUACGCUUGAGGACUUUGGAGAUGGCGGAGCUUUCCCAGAGAUCCAUGUGGCCCAAUUUCCUUUGGAAAUGGGCAGGAAAAAAAAGACAUCCAACGCCUUGGCAGUGCAGGUGGACGCAGAGGGGAAAAUAAAAUAUGAUGCCAUCGCCAAACAAGGACAGGGCAAAGAUAAGGUGGUGUUCAGUAAGUACACAGACCUUUUACCAAAAGAAGUUUUAAAUGAAGAUGCUCCAGAGCUACAGAGACCUGAUGAGGAGGCUGUACAGGAGCUCACAGAGAAGACCCGGUCUGCCUUGGAUAAGCUGGUGUCACAGAAAAUCGCAGCUGCUAUGCCUGUAAGAGCUGCAGACAAACAAGCCCCUGCCCAGUACAUCAGAUAUACUCCAUCUCAGCAGGGAGUAGCUUUCAACUCCGGGGCCAAACAGAGAGUGAUCCGCAUGGUGGAAAUGCAGAAGGACCCCAUGGAGCCUCCACGUUUCAAAAUCAAUAAGAAGAUUCCCAGAGGACCUCCUUCCCCUCCUGCUCCCGUCAUGCAUUCUCCAAGCAGAAAGAUGACAGUAAAGGAGCAGCAGGAGUGGAAGAUUCCUCCAUGCAUCUCUAACUGGAAAAAUGCCAAGGGCUACACCAUUCCACUCGACAAACGUCUGGCCGCUGACGGCAGGGGCCUGCAAACAGUUCACAUCAAUGAGAACUUCGCCAAGCUGGCCGAGGCCCUCUACAUUGCAGACAGAAAGGCCAGAGAAGCUGUGGAGAUGAGAGCUCAGGUAGAGAAGAAGAUGGCCCAGAAGGAGAAGGAGAAGAAAGAGGAGAAACUGAGGGAGCUGGCUCAAAUGGCUCGAGACCGGCGGGCGGGCAUCAAAAGUCACGGGGACAAAGGCGGUGAUGACGGCGAGGUCAGGGAGCGCGACGAGAUUCGUCAUGACAGGAGGAGAGAUAGGCAGCAGGAAAGAAACAUAAUGAGGGCAGCUCCUGACAAGAGGUCCAAACUGCAGAGAGACCAGGAAAGAGAAGUCACUGAACUCAUCGCACUUGGGAUGCCCAACCCACGGUCCUCUAGUGAAGCCCAGUACGACCAGAGGCUCUUCAAUCAGAGCAAGGGCAUGGAUAGUGGUUUCGCUGGUGGAGAAGAUGAGACCUACAACGUGUACGACCAGCCGUUCCGCAGCGGCAGAGAUAUGGCUUCAAACAUCUACAGGCCCAGCAAGAACAUAGACAAGGAUGCAUACACAGACGACCUUGACUCCCUGAUGCGCAACAACCGAUUUGUUCCCAACAAAGACUUCACUGGCGCUGACCACGCUCACAGAAGGGAAGGACCAGUUCAGUUUGAAGAGGAUCCCUUCGGUCUGGACAAGUUCUUGGAAGAGGCCAAACAGCACGGCGGCUCCAAGAGGCCGUCCACCAGUGGCCGCUCAAAAGACGACUACCAUGACAAGAAACGGAGGAAGGAGUGAGAAGACAACGACCAACUCUGCUCAAGACAGCUCCGUGCUCCCUCAGAAAUUUAGGAGUUUUCCUCAAAUAUGUCAUAGUUUUUUGUUUUGUGAAGGUUGAGGCUGAAAGGUUAUGUAAGAUGUAUGUAGAUGAUUUUUAGUACUACUUAUUGUCUUCUGGGUUUUUUUUGUUUUUCUUUUUUUUUUUGUAUUAUUAAUUAGUGAUAUUUGAGCCCAAGGAGUGUGUAAACUUCAUUUGUAAAAUCAUUCUUUAUUGCAUUUAUACAGACACAACAAAAACCUCAGGAAGCGUUUGCGUUGUCUCCCAAUUGUCCCUGUUUUUUGACUCUGUAUUUAGUUUCUCCUCUAAGGUUUUUUGGAGCACAGCUUAUAUUUUUAAAGUUAGAAUGGGUAUAGAGAUCAAAUUCUCAUCUGAAAUCUGUAAAAUCAAACCACCUUAAAUUAAUGGUGCCUCACCAUUCACGUCGUGGUUUGUGUGACUGGUUGAACAGCCGAACACAGAGUUUUUUGUUGUUUUUUUUUAAAAUACAAAUCUUUUUAUGUGGGAUUUGUUGAGAGUUGUAUUUGUGUUUGCUUUUUCAGUCAAAUUUGGAGCAGCCUUAGUGAAACUUUCUCACACAGGGCUAUCCAUUGGUCCACUUGUUAAACUACAAAUAUGUUAUAAGACUCCUUUGAGCCUAUUUGACUCAUUAGUGAUAUGUAUAACAAAAGAACCAACAGGGAAAAAUAAAGAAAAAUCAUUUUAAAGAA